ACUUCUAAAUCAAGAAAAUCUAUUCAGCCAAACAAGCCCUAAUUAGACAUCAAUAUUGGGUAUUUCUUCCAGGAGUCAGGACGCUCGGUUUCUCUGUUAAAAAAACUUUUGGGUGCGGAAAGAAGAAUGGCGGGAAAGCAAAUCUCCGGCGACGGAGUUCCACCGAGCCUCGCCGGAAUGUCCAAAAACCAGCUCUACGACAUCAUGUGUCAGAUGAAGGCAUUGAUAGAGCAGAACAAGCAACAAGCGAGGCAAAUUCUAAUCCAGAAUCCAGCUUUGACGAAAGCUCUUUUUCAGGCACAAAUCAUGCUUGGAAUGGUGCAGUCCUCACAAGCAUCACCGGCCAUUUCAUCUGCAGUAUCUCAGAAUCCACAGCCAUCAGCUAUCUCAAAUCAGCAGCCCACCAUUCAGGCGGCAGCACCAGUUUCUGGUCCGAUUGGUCAGAAUCAAAUAAGAAAACAGCAGCUUAACCAACCUAUGGCAUCACAUCCUCCCUCCCAACCUCAUCCUCCUCCAAACCCUCAACCCCAGUCCAUGCCCUCACAUCCCUUACACCAAACACAGCAACCUAAGGGACAUAUUAGUGCUCAGUCGAUGCCAAUGUCUGUACCACAGCCCUCUCAAGUUUCUAGUUUGACUCAAUUGCCGCAGCAUACAGCUUCCCAGUCACCCUCCCUUCAUCAUCUCCCUAUGCCUUCAUUGCUCACGCAAUCACAACAACCUCUGCCAAAUACAGGCAGCCAGUAUUUACCCCUCCAACCACCACUGCCACCACAACCAAGACCACCAAUGCCAGGCUUUCCUCACCAGGCUCAAGCUCAAAUGGGACCAAAUCCGGGCUUUCAGCAUCCUAGUGGACCACAGAUGCAUCAUUCACAACACAUGUUUCAUUCAGGUUCAAAGCCUCCUUCCGGUAUGGGGCCUUCAUUUCCACAGGGACAGUUGCCACUUCCAAAUCAACCUUUGUCUCAAUCAAUGUAUCAGGCAGGAAGUCCUCACUUAGGAAUGGAUUUCAAUCAAGUUGGAAGCUCCAAGCAAACAGACAGGGGAUCUAAUUGGAUACCUGGCCUUCCUGAAAAUACGAUGGGCCAGCUUUUAGGACCACAACCAGGGUUUCCCGGUCAAGCAGGUCCCAGCAACCAGCUUCCUCGACCACCAUCGAUAGUCAUAGAUGAUCCAAUCUUUGUAAUCCUGCAGUUGACUCCGGAGUUCGAAAAGGCAUUACUUCAGCAGGUUAUGAGUCUCACUCCGGAACAGAUCAAUAUGCUCCCGGCGGAACAAAGAAACCAAGUUCUUCAUUUGCAGCAAAUGCUUCGUCAAUGAGUGAUGUAUUGCGAUGCACUAUAUUCUGUUUCGAGCAUCCACAUCUGUUGCAAAUGCUGCAGCCUCUAUAUCUUCUGAGCUAGUUCCAACUAUGAGUGAUCUUUUAUUUUUAUGACUUGCAAUGUAGCUUAGGGCUUAGAUUGCCUAACUCAAUGAGCUAUAUGUUUUCCUCUCUAUGUAUGCUUGCAUUUAAUUUUGAUGGUGAGGAUGGGCAUAUACUUGUAUCUGGAGUUUAUCUGUGUCAAUUUUCAGAUAUAGUAAAAUGAUGUCUAUUGGCAGUUUCCCUGUA